UGUCUGAGGUAUUGCGCAUUUUUGUGCGUAAGUUUUUCUGUACUGUUCAGAAAGAAUGAUAUGGCAUCGGCACUGACCCAGGUUAAGCCUUCACGUGAAGAUUUUGCCCUGUCAGAACUUUCCCCCGAAGACAAAGAGAAAUUCUUAGAUGAACACAACAAGUUUCGUGGAAUGGUUCAGCCGCCUGCUGCUGACAUGGAGUAUCUGGUGAGUCACACAAACAAUGACACCACACAGACAUAACAACGAUAAAACAAAAACAAGAUCAUCAUAAGGGAAAUGAGAAAUCAUAAAGCUUUUAGACACCUGUUGCAUAGCCUGUAGGUAUGCAACGGGUCGUAUUCCACACACACACAAAAAAAAACAGUCUUGCUGGCGGCCUUCAAGUUUUUUUCUCCAAUUUUGGGUUCAACAUAUCAAAUUGCCCAACGCGUACAAUUGUAGUAGGCAUAAUGUAAAACACGACUUUCAAUCGGCCAUCAUUUUGACUUAGACGGUCGUGGUCGACAUCGAAAAAAGAAUCCAACAGAAUGCAACGGAGGCAGAUACUGGAAAGUUAGCGCUGCAAGAAACCAACUGUAGCAAAAUCUCACUCACAGAGAAGGUUGCGAAUUAUUUAAGGUCUCAAAGGUGAAAAAAAACUGAUUAGCGUUAAAGGUAUAAGAGAAAGCUUGAUGAGGCCUAUUUUGUUAUUCUAAAGGAAAAAAAAGUUUGUUCAAUAAGAAAUAACGUGGAUUAAUAUUAUUAUUAGUAGUAGUAGUAGUAAGCUUGUUUACGCUCUGCUUUAGAAGUGUCUUUCCUCCCUUCUCCUGUUAUGUAGAGAUUUCAUCUUAAGUUGUCGUGAUAAUUGACCUGAGAUAAAUUAGUAAUAGUAUGCUUUCGAGUAUAGCAUAGCAAGAAAAUUUCAAUCGUGACUUAAAUAAAUUUUACUUAGAGUGUAGAAAUGGGCCCGCGUGUACUUUUAUGACCUGGAAAACUUAAGACACUUGAAAUGCACUUGAAAUGUAAUUGUACAGCACGGGUGACACCUGACAGGAACCUCUAACAUACAUGGAACAUGUCCUCGCUGUCGUGACUAUAAAUUUACUUUCUCUCCGUUUGACCUAAGCCUCUUGCAGGAAUGAUCGAUUUUGGUCACACAAAGUGUUAUAAAUUCGGACUGGCUGGUCCCGUGAUUAAUCAGAAAAUUAAUAUUUUGACUAGCUAAAAAAUAUUAAAAUCAUGUUUUCCCACAAUUUCCUCUUAACCACGUAGGUUUUAACCAUAUGAACCAAGUCGUGUGGCUUUUGGUGUACAAGAAAUAUAUAUAUGUAUAUAUUCAUGACAGGUUUGUUAGUACUAUAAGUUGCGUCUCUUAAAUUUGUGACUGUACUAGGGCGCAGAUGUGAUCAAUCCUUCUUCUUUGUUAUCAAGAGCUCUUAUUUUGUGCCUUAUUUACAUUUCUGCAGUUUUGGGACGACGAUCUCGCAAACUUAGCGCAGAUGUGGGCCAAUCAGUGCAUUUGGGAUCACGGAUUUGUCGCGUUUGGUGACGAAUAUCCAUAUGAGGUACCCUUUAAGGGGCGUGUAGGUAUGUGACACUGAAGGAAACGUACUAUACAUACAAGUACUUCCUGGUGACAUAACUACGUAAAGUACAAAGAAAUACAUUUCUCACAGAACGUCGCUUAGCGCGACGAAAAGGGCCAACAUUAUGAAAUAGAGAGGGGAAUAAAAGAAGGAUCGAAAAAGAAGCGGCUGGGAAAUAAUAUCACUUGACAGCCGCGAUUCGAACCUGGAUCAAACGCAUGAACGCCAGCUGUAUCACCAUUUCUGUUCAACCCAUUCGCUCCUACAAAAGUCACCACUGUUAGCGAAACCAUUUUGGGCCCAAAGCCUCUUUAUGACCAGCAAGAGCGAUCAUAGUUCUGUAUACCUCUUUAGGAACUACCAGUUGUUUGAAAAGAGAUGAACAUCAGUUUAAAACUAGGCUUAGCAAUGUAACCUAAAAAGAUUGAUCGUGUUCAGGUCAAAAUCUUGCAAGGGAAUGGGGUGAACUUUCCUCUCCAGAAGACCGCGUGGAACCAUGGUACAAAGAACACGAGUACUACACUUACAGCAAGUUUGCCAGCCCAAUGGGAGCUGCGUGCUCCAAGGAACCUUGCGGCCAUUACACUCAGGUAUGUAUUACCCAGCCAUAGGGAUUUUCCCUGGAGACUACGGAGGUACGUUGAAAUAACUGCAUUUCACCUUUUCCUUACUUCUUUGUAAAGCUUGCUUGGGCGCGAUCAAAGUUUGUGGGAUGUGGAGUGAAGUGGUGUGACAAGGAGUUUGGUAUGUCCCAUCCCUGGAUCCCUGGGGAGACGAUUGUCAGUUGCGACUAUGGACCUUCGUAAGUAAUGCUACGACUCUUUUUGUAGUUACGUUCUUCCCCUACUUAAGUACUCUCCCAGCUACAUUUAAAGAAAACAAAACCUUUGAUAUCAUGGCACAAAUUCAGGGGAGGUACUCUGGAUUUAAGGUGACGGGGAUGAUCAAAGGAUUUUUUUGGGUAGGAAAAUUUGGCAAAGUAGGGAUUUUUGGGUCUUUCUGCAGGUACCGGAAAGCUUUGUAUUUUUGGUCAUUCUUUAAAAUUACAAUCUGAAGAUUCAGAAGGAACCGGAUUUUUUGGUAUUCAAAAGUUCAAGAUUCGAAGUUCACGAAUUAAAACCAAACUUGAGCUCGGAAAUUCGGAAUGUGAUCUUUUGGGGGUUGAUAUUAGAUUCAGGGAUUAUUUUUUGGUUUUGUUGGGAUUUUUUGGGUUUUGAUUUUUGCACCGAUUCCAUCAUCCCCGUCUCUUGUAUUCUGAAGUAACCCCCCAGGGGGGCACAAAGUUGAUAUGACUCGAAUGAAGUAACCUUGUCACCUUUUAGCUGAAAGGCAUUUAUAUAUCGGGAUAAACGAUGACACCUGACGGAUUUGCGGGCCAAGUUUCCCAGGAGCUAGAAAUGCAAAUUCAAGUUCUCUUAACAUUCAUCAUCAACGGUCCAACGCACAAAUUCUUUCCAAGUAGCCUGAAUUUCGAGGGGUGAUAACUUCAUUACAAAGCCAUAACCAGGAAAUCAUGAAACAAUACAGCAUUAAUGAGUAAACCAUUCCUAGAAAACCUGUCAAUCUCGUGUCACCGUUUGUUGUAAAUGCGAUGCUAUUCACAGUUAAUAGCGUUUUUUAUCAAUUAUAUUGUAAGAAUUGUUCCAGCAAUGCAGGGUCAUCAAUUGAAACUUACUUUAUCUUCUCUUCAUCUUACAGAAUAACUAGGAAGGGCUUUGCCAACCUUUAGGUCGUUCGCAGCUCGUUGGUUAAUGUUGUCGGUUUUUUGUACUUGUUUCUGUACUUAGUAUAGCUCAAACUUUUUGUGGCAAAUUUUUCUCAAAUCUCGAAAAUUGUUUAGCUCAUAUUGUUUAUUUAUUUAUUUAUUUUAUUAAUGCGUCCUUUAAUUUAUCUCCUUUAUUAUAUUUAUCCACCUGUUUUACUUAUAUCGCACUGUAGAAUUUGUAAUACUAUCUAUUUUGAAAGCACACGAUUUAAUCGACUAAAUAAAGUAUUUUACUCAAUGCCAAUACUCUAUUGAUCCAGUCAUUAAAAAAAAUUAGGAAUAUCUUAUCUUGGGUGCAAAUCAGAACGACUUUUGUCAUGUGACAAAUGGUAAACAUUAAUUCCAUUGCUUGUUUUGUAAUACCCUCAUUGGCUGCGUGGAGAAAAAUAUGGGAUUUAAAACAAAAAAAUUGACAAGUCUUGAAUAAAUUACUCUGCCGCAAGCCAGUCAGAUUGCAAGGAUCACCAGUGAAUGUGCAGUAGAUGAAAUAAACAUUUAUACUACAUUUUUUCCUGAAAACAAAGGUUAGCAAAAUCAGUGUCUGUGAUAGAUCUUAUUUAUUCACUUAUUUGUUUAUUUGAAUGAAUUCUUUUCCUUUAAAGAGGUAACAUUAUAGGACAAUUUCCUUACAAACAAGGCACACCAUGUUCAAAAUGCGCCUCUGGGAAAGGAUUCUGUUACAAAAAUUUAUGCAGUAAGUACAAUUUAACUGAUUCAGCUAUAAAUCAAGGAAAAGGUAAAUACGUAGCUCAGUUUAAAAAACAAUACAUUAAGUCCUGGGCCCAGUUGUUCGAAGGCCAAUGGACCUGUCACGGUUUUUGACGCCAUCUUGACGAGUUGGCAAACGCGUGUUUGUAUGAGAAUUCAAUGUAGAAUAAUUUCCGUAAAACGGCUGUUCUGGAAAAAAUAUGAAUCGCAAACUAAAGCUACACAGCAAAGGAUUUUACUAACAAAUUUUGGGGGCCGCUACUGUCCUUAAAUUUCUCCAGAAGCUUGCUUUAGAUUUUCCAUAUAUCUGUCUGCAGUUUUUCCCGGGCAAUUUUUAGACAAAUGUAUAGAAAAUUUUUAAAAAAGGUUCUAGGUCUUCUAGCGCAUGUAACGCCCUCAAAUUUUCAAAACGGUGGUUUUACGGAAAUUAUUCGACAUUAGAUUCUCAUACAAUCACUGCAAUUUCUCACGCGUUUGCCCGCUCGUCAAGAUGGAGUCGAAAACCGUGACCCAAGGUUAAAUUUAACCCGGGUUUCUUUUUGUUUUGUUCAAAAGCAUUUUCUCGGAUAAUUUUCUGUUAUUUUUAAGAGCAUACAAUCAUCAACUUGUUGCCAAAAAGAAUUAAACUGAAUUUACUUUUUAAGCUUUCAUAUCUGAAUUCAAAUUCGAACUAACCGGGUCAUCUUAACCCGGCUUCAUUUGACCAACCCGGUCCUGACAAUUAUUGCACCAAUUGCAUUUCACGUUAGGUAAAGAGAAGUUAAUGUAUUUUUGUUUUUCAUUAGGGGACUGCGAUAACUUUGAUAGUGAAUGUGGUAAAAGCCUAUCGAAAGACAUGUGUUCCUCACACCGUGAAUUAAUGGCAAAGAAAUGCCCAAAAAUGUGCGACUUAUGUGGUAAGACUUAAGCCAGAUUAACAGCUUGUCCGCACCAUAAUUAAUUAGCAAUUUAUAACAACUUUCGAGUUCUGCAUAAUUGUUCAGAUCAUAGGAAAGCCGAAUCCAAUAAUCGUUUCUUUUAUUCAAAUAAUUCAUACUUUAAAAACUUGCUGACCUCUAUCGAUGUUUAAAUUCCCGUCUUUAUUUGACUACUCGAGAUAUGAAGGGAUAUUUAGUUUAGCAGAUACUCUUCGAAUAGCAGCAGUUGUAAUCGGUCGAGUUGUAUUUGUAUAGAUAACAGCAUGAUAAAUUGUUACACGUAAUUUGAGACAAUUUUGCAUUAUCACGAGUGGUAUUUAUGCAAAAUAUCACGUACAAAUCGUGCUAUUAUUGUUUAUACUACUACCGGCAAAGGGUUUGUAAUUUUCACAUGUAGGUAUUUCAAAUUAAGCUGAAAUACGAAUGCUGUAAGCCAAUUAAAUUGCAGAAAUUUCUCAUGUAGUAGUAUAAUUGCUGUUAUUGCCAUUUUAAGGGAGUAAAUUGGCCUUUUUUUUCACAAUAAUUGUGAAACUUUCCGCCAUUUUUUCCGUCUUUACCAAAGAAGGUGAACUAACGCACUCAUUUAACGCACCCUUGUCCAUAGGACUUGCGAUCACUUUUUUCUGUCGAUAUCCUGUUUUAUUAACGCAAUUUUACUAGAUUAUCAUCGCAGUGAACUUCUUCUUCCCAGUCAACUGGCCACAUUAGGUGGCUAUAAAGAAUUAGCCGGGGAAUUUGAGCCAACCAUCAACGGAAAAUAUUUUGAAUGAAUAAUAAUGAUAUCUGUUUAUGAGCUUAGGGAAACAAAUAAAAAUUGGCAUGCUAUUAAACUAAUACGGUCUAAAAGAACUCCAUUGGUUGUGUGGCUUGUUUCUAGGACUGGUAAUUACACACAUUGAAGAAAUAUACUGGACAAUUAUUUUAUGUGGCAUUGCAAUAUUUUAGGGAAUCGUUAAACCAAUCACCCAAGACCAGAAAGACCAAUCACAAAACAAGAAUGAAUAUAAGUAUGUUUUUCCGUCCCUUUGGACAGAUGAUCUGAAAUAUUUUCUUCGUGGGUAGUAAAAACGGUAGUAAAAUUAGAAAAUCAGUCAUUGUCACUGACAUCCUUGCAUAUAGUAUAGCGGUAAAAUGGGAUGAAGAUCAAAGGCUAUGGCGUCAUCAGCGUUAAUGUAUUCCUGUCAAAAAAGGAGUUGUAAUAGACCUUUUACCGAUACGGCGGCCAUAUUGAAUUAAUUCGAUUUAAGGAGUAUUAUAGGAUGCCCAGGGGGCAUGAGCACAUUUCUUUUGUAUUUUCGAACGCUUUUCGAGACAUUUUUUCUUAAAAUUUUCUUAGAAUAAGAUUGUAAUGGGAAAAAAGAUCCUUGUGCCGUGUUUGGAUGUAAUAAUGAUCGCCUUUUUCUAGUUUAGUAUUAGAAAUAUGGUCUUUCACUGUAUAUUUCUCGGGAAAUUAAUUUAAUAUGGCCGCCGUAUCGGUAAAAAGGUCUAUUGGUGCGCCUUAUACUACUUUCCUUUUCUUUAGAAUGUCCUUUGAAGUGCCAAAAUGGAGGAACAGUGAAUCGUCAGAGUUGUAUUUGCGUCUGCCCCUCUGGUUGGAAGGGUAUGGACUGUUCAGGUAAACAAUAUAAAGAAGGCUGACGUAUUCAGCAUUUUCUUAAAAUUGUAAAAUAACUUAAUUCAACAAAAUACAUAGAGUCCAUGGAAAACACUUUACACAUCAAAAAAAUAACGACGCAUUAAGGUGCUUAAGAUUUGGGUGCUUUAUAAUUCAAACUUUUUUUUUGCAAAAUGCAGUGCGAAAACUUGCAUGCAUUUUCGGUUUAAGAUUUAUGACUUGACCGUGUACCAAUCUUGACGUCAUAUCUUGGGAUCAGCCAAAGUAUGUCUAGGGAAUUACCGAACGUACAGGUACAGACUGACACCUUCAACGAGAAGAGGCUCUGACAAAACCGAAAAUAUAUAGCGCAGUAGGGUUCUCCGAUGGACUUUUUUGAUCAUGGCUUUCUACUCUUUUUUAGAUAGAGAAUGUCCUCCUGGUUUCUACGGCGAAAACUGUCAAUGUAAGUAAAUCAGAAUUGUGUCAUAAUUUUUGUGUGCAAUGGCAAGUUUAACAGGUGAGCAAAGCCAAAAGUUGCCGUCAAAAAAUAAUAGUCGUCGAUUGAGUGAGAGUAGGCGUCACGUUGCGUUUGCCCUGGUAUCAUACAUGUUAACAUCAUAUGUUAAUGCAGCCUCAUUAGUUUCUUUAAACUUUAAAUCUAUGAGCAUGCAAAAUUGAAAUUCCAAGGCCUAUUUGUGAACUUAGACUAAAGCCAAAUUUCAGUCUCUUGCUUAUCUCGUAGCAUAUUUUUUGUUUUAGAAGCAUAUUGUCGAGUCUUGUUAAAUUAAAAAUUUUAAUUUCUUUCUGUCACUGACGCAUGCACAUAAAAUUAUUUAUUUAUUCAUUUACACAUUUACUUCUAAUAUUCACCAUUUAACAAUGUCCCCCCACAAGCAGAAAAAAAAGUAUUGCGUAAGAAAUAUUUUCAGUUUCUCUCGGGAACCUGCAAAACCCAUGAGAAACCGGAAACAAACAGGUUUAUGCAAAUUUCCUUUUUUGGGGGGGAGGGGGUAAACAAUUUGUAUUAUGGGCAAUUGGAAACUGGUGAAUGCUAGUAGUCUUCCCGUUGAUUAACAAGAUCUUUUAUCAUUAUUUUAUCUUAUUUUAUUUUACGAUAUAUGCAAUGUCAAACAUUUUAUUUAAGUCGCCUUUUUGUUUUAAAUCUAGUUGCACUUAGUUGUUGUUUAUUACCUAGAAUUAACAUCAUUUUUCUCGAACGUUUUUUUAAGUCCGUUGUUACGACGCCGCUGGGAAAGAUACGUGCGAAUGGCGCGUGAGGAACGGGCACAGUUGUAAGGAAUAUUACAUGAAGAUCGACUGCGCAGCGACUUGCGGCUACUGCGGUAAGUGAAAUUUAGCAACUUUGACGUUUGAGGUAUUCUUGAUUUGAUAGAAGCCGCGUAUCGUGUUUUGUUUUUUUGCUUUGUAGGUGUAUUUUUUUUCGGUACUAUUAUGCUGAGCGGAUGUUCUGUUGAAUUUUCCAACCUUGGUUCUUCUUCCUACAGUUAUUGAGAGUAAAACAACUACAACAACACCAGCUCCUAUUACAACAACAGUUCCGACGAUCACAAGUACGUUUUUUUAACGUUUCUUCUUUAGUUUUGAGGACUUGACGUGUAGUGAUCUAGUCAAUGUCAUAGUUUAAAAACGUGUUCAAUUUAACUUUUUAGUGAGAAAAUAAUCAAUGAAAUCUCUGCAGUUUUUGACAAAUUAAUCGAAAAGAAAUUUACAGGGACGUUUUUAUGGUCUUCAAAAAGGCAAGUAGUAUAGUAGGAAUGAACUAUUCCCUUUUUAAAAUAUUUGAAUUUGAAUACAUCAACGUUAUAAUUAUAUCAUUAGGCAUCUCAUUAUCAAAGUUGCUCUCCUCUUUUUCUUACUCACUGGUAUCGCAAAUUAUUUUGAAUUACGUGCACUAGGAAAGAAAAUCAUCACAGUCCAAUUAGGGAUGAAUCACACAUUCGAAGUUUGAUCUUCCAUCCAAAAAUCAACUAACGCCUAUUAAGGCGACGUUAAACGAGACGAUUUUAACGACUCUUAUCAGCGCAACAAAUUGUUGCAACAUUGUUUUGACAUUGUUUCGAACUGUUUCUACAUUGUGCCAACAAUGUUGUCCUGAAACCCUUCUUCGCAAAUAGUCCCUUGUAAGAUCGCCUUUAAACCGUUAUAUCGGUGUAAAUAGAGGGUGACUAGAUCGUAAUGAGAUACCUAUCCAUUAAUUCAAUAACACCAAUUUAGUCACCUCAGUGGUUUAUCAAAUCCACAAAAAAGAGGAACGAGCCUCUUCUUUCCUUCUUAGGAGAACCGACUGAAAAUAACUAGAGGGACGAAAACGGAAGAGACUUAAUUAAGGUUUUCUUCCCUAUAAAUGCACCUUCUUAGUUCUCUUGGGAUUAUAUGAUAUAAUCUAGGAGCUUAGUUUAGAAAGUCUUUCUCUACAGAGCUUAUUAUAUACUCUAGCUCCAUCUCUUGCAAGAACAAUUAGACCGCCCGAAAUUUGUCUCAAACCUUGGGGUCGCUGAUUGAAGCCUCAUAGGGAGUGAGACGUUUUUUCAUUCCAGUUGUGACUUUGUAAACCUUUUCUCUUCAUAAUUUUACUUUUCUAGCGGAAAACGAAGAAAACUUUAGUCAAACCCUAUUUACAAUAAUAUGUCAUUUCUCGCACCAGUACCUCCCACGACCGUCGCUGUAACCACAGCUGGGAUUCCAAGUUUCCCUGAACCUACUGUGCCUGAGGGUAAGUACAAUUGAUAUUUGUAAGCCAUAUAAUACUGACACAGGCCGGAUGCUUACAUAAACCGCCGCCUGGUUAGCUCAGUUUGGGAGAGCGCCAGUUUACUGAGCGGGAGGCCGCGGGUUCAAAGCCCGGCCGGACCAACACUCGGGGUCUUUAAAUAAUUCAGAAGAAAGUGCUGCCUUUGUAAUGACAUCCACAAAUGGUUAGACUAUCUAGUAUUCUCGGAUAAGGACGAAAACCGUAGGUCCCGUCUCACAGCACUCACGGUUAUCUGGUUCUUGUGCGACGUAACAGAAUCCAAGCCACUGUGCACAAUCUUCACACAUCACUCACUUCAUGGGCAGGGUGGAUACAGUAAGCUCAUUAAUGGAGUGAUAGCGGCUGCCAGUGGAGACUUUGUAUGCUGACGUCCGAGCUUACUGUUAAACGUGUUAAGAUAUUGUAAAGAGGGCACGUCAGUUGUCCUCUCAUACAUGACUGCUUCCUUCCUUCCUUGAGUGAUAGCUAACUAAACCUAUCAAUUUAAUUGAUUUACUAGACUGUAAAAAGGACCUUCAUUCCGACUGUGGGCUGUGGGCAGGGGUAGGCGAAUGUGAAAAGAACCCGCCUUGGAUGAUUCCAAACUGUUGCGUCAGCUGUAAAUAUCACCAGGCUCCGAAAGGUUGGAAGUUGAUGAUAACCUUUUUACUAGUUUGUUUAAGUCAUCUGUUAUGUUUCCAGUAAAUUAGAUAGCUGAGUAUCGCUGAGAAACCCAUCAACAAAUGUAGGCUAUAGCUUGUACACCUCGUGCUAUGGUUGGUAUCUCAUUAUCAUUUACUCUUCUUGAUGAUUUGUUGCUUGAUCUACAACUUCUCCUCCUGUACCUCUUUUUCCUUUAACAGUUUUGCGGCCCGAUUAAUUUGCCCAUUUAGGAUUCAUCUAAACUGCACUCUUUCCAAGUAAAUAAUUUAAAGGGGAAAUUCUCAACGGAUUUAUUUACUCAUGGCUCGCACACUUUCUGCUCUCACUUAAAGCGGAAAAAUUAUUCGUGACAUUUGCGAUACGAGUUUGUUGUUCGCUAUAAGCUCUUCCACAGGUGCGUUAAACGUCUUUCCCUAGAGCCUGUCAACGAGUUAAUGCGCGAGUUAACAUUUUGCUUCGCCCCAUGAAAGGGAAUCGGGAAGACAGUUCAAGGAACUCGGAAUCCCAUCAACGAUUGGAUUGGACUGUCUUGGGUUCCUUUACAUGGGGUGAUAUUUUACUACUUCUUCAAGGGUUUAUUAUACUGCUAAUAAAAAUAUAUUAUCUAAAUCACUAUCAAUUCGCAGACUGUAUUGAUUCACAGUCAAGCUGCCCUCGCUGGGCCUUCCAUGGGGAAUGUGAAAAAAAUAAAGCGUGGAUGUUAGCGAACUGCAGAAAAAGUUGUAACCAGUGUGGAGGUAAGGUAUCUGAUUUAGUUUUCUAUGGCCUAAAAAGUUGACUAAGGACCGCCGUAUUUUAGCACUUAUAAUUUAGUUCGUGGAACUCUGUGGAAUGCAAAAUGCGGAUGCAAAAAAUUUGAACUUACAACGUAAUAUUUUGAAAAAUCACUAUCAGUUAAAAGUCCUUUAUGCAGCCGGGUCCAAGAAUUCAUCGUUCCUAGGAUCCAUCUUUCACAUGAGGCUCGCGUUAGAGACAGUGUACCGAAUAUUAUUUUUUAAGGCUAUCUAUAGUUCCGUUAUAGACACACGAAAACAAUCUAUUAACCAACCAAAGCGUAGUAGGGUUUUCAGGAAGUAACGGGUGAGACCAGAGACACGUCGAGCAACGUGAAUUCAACCGUUGAAAACGUUUUGAAGGUAGGGUCUGAAGCUUAUCAUCUACCUACAUGUUCUUCUCUUUUAAAGAAUCAGCUGCGUUUAAGUCGCAUGUGCGAGGGUUAGCAAACACUGAGCGAUUAAUUCUAAUAGAUUGAAAGAAAAAUUCGACGUGACAGUUAUUAGAAGCCGAUAAAAUAUAUAUCAGGUUGAUGGUAUCCCUAGGUAACAUGAAAACCAACUCGUUCGUUUAGCUUCCUAGCUUGCACAUUAACUUCAUUAAAUUUGAUUAACUUUCUAUAGGUAUGUUCCUCUACUAGAUUGUAAUAUGACUAAUAUCGAUCAAAGGUCGAAGAUGAAGAUCAGUAAUUGUGUUACAGUAUAAUUAUGUUAAGAGCUCCGAUCCCUGAGCAGACUGUUCACAGUCUUUUUCUUUUUUGCAACCACUUCAACGUUAUGCAAAUGAGAAAAAAAAAACAUUUAAAAACAUACAAGAAAUAAUCUGACAAGUUUCAUAACCAUUACAAGAAAUAAACUGUGGUUGUGGUAUUGAUGUUGUUGUUGUUGUUGUUGUUUUUCACAGAUUGCAAAGAUACAAACGUCGUCGACUGUCCUUCAUGGGCUUUACAAAAUCAAUGCAUCUCAGGAAACAGAGUGACCUGGAUGCACAUAAACUGUAGGAGAAGCUGUGGAAUGUGUAAAGGUAAAACGUAAAGAAAAUAAGGAAAGGAAUACCAAAUAAGAAUGGUGAGAAAGCCAAGCACAUCGGAGCAAUGCCUAAAAAUACGUCACUCGCUUCAGGCCCAAAACGUCACGGCAUAAAAUAUUAAGCAAACAUAUUCAAAAAUCUGUAGAAAAACGACUUUUGUCCAAAAUCGAAAACAAUCUGCGGCAUCUCUUACUAAAAAUUUUCUAUUUUUAUUCCAUUUUCUAACAAAUUUGGAGUGAAUUUAUUAGCCUGCGAAAACAUCCGUCUCUCCAUGCUCUUCGCCGCUGGGGACGUUUUCCCCAGAGGCGAAGAGCGAGGAGAAACGGAUGUUUUCGCAGGCUAUGCUCAGGCUAUGAAUUAAGGUGAUCUUAUGUCGCUCGAAGGAUUGGUUUACUGUCAGGGUGCCUCUACAUGUGUGUGAAUGCAUGUGCAGCUAUAGUAUUACUGAAUCAGUUAUGCGCCCAUUGCAUCUAUUCCUUCACGUACGCAAUUUUGUUAUAGUGUAUGAUAAACACGAGGAUUGCCCAGCCUUGGCUGCGAGGGAUGAGUGCACGAAAUCCAACAGGACCUGGAUCGUUGAUCGUUGUCCUCGAAGCUGUGAACUAAAGUGUAAGUAACUCAAGAAUCUGAAGAACCGAAAAAAUGUCUCCGCUUUGAACGGGGGUGGGGUGUAUGUUAAGCCGGUUGAGAGUGGAUAUUCCCUAGCAUAUCCAGAGACACAAUAUGAGAGUCUUAGGACUCGAAACAAAUCAGUCUUUGUCACAAAAAUGAUUGGAAUGACGUUAAAAGAGCCAAUUGUUAAAAGGCGCUCUUUGGCAAUAUUGUUAGCUAAAGAAAUUUGUUAUGCGCACUUGUACAAGAAAAUCGCAAAUGGACAUAAUUUUGUGGUUUCCUGGAAGCUGUGACGCAAGAAUAUGUUUCAUUAGAUUUUUGGGGCAAGCCAAAGAUUUGGAGGCUGUUAAUGACGUCAAUUAAAUUCAUGAAAGUUUAACAGCAAAAGUGAGAUAAAGAAUCGUUCCUUUCGUUUUUAAGUUUCAGAAGCCUGCUUUUGUGGCAACAAAACAAACGGUAACUACCAAGACCCAACGACCUGUGAAGCAUAUAUAGCGUGUUCAAAUGGCGUUACAAGUCAUGUUCAGUGUCCCAAAGGGAAGAAGUUCGAUACAGUCAAACGGAUCUGUGAACUGGCAGAUACAGUCAGUAACUGUAACACUAUGGUAAAGUGUACCUAA